AUGGAUAAGACAGUGAAUGGGAAAACUGUAGUGGUAUCAGGGGCAGCCAGUGGAAUUGGUUAUGAAAUUAUUGAAAAUUUUCUGCUAAGAGGAGCAAAGCUUGUUAUUUUACUCGACAUCAACGAAGAUAAGGGAUUUAAGGCGCAAAAAGCUUUGAACGAGAAAUAUGGAGACGGUAAAGCAGUUUUUUUCAAAUGUGAUGUUAUAUCUGAUCUAGAACCAGUUGCAACAAAAAUCUUCAACGAAUUCCACCAGGUUGACGUCUUAGUAAAUAACGCUGGAAUAGUAGACGAAACAUCUUAUCUCAAAACAAUUGAAAUAAAUCUAACAGCUGUGAUUGCUUGGACAGAAAAGUUUUACGAAUACAUGAGGAAGGAUAAAGAAGGCAAUGGUGGCACUAUUAUAAAUAUUUCAUCUAUAUACGGGUAUAGGAUUACAGAAUAUGCACCAUUUUAUAAUGCAACCAAUUUUGGUGUUUUGGGUUAUUCAAAAUCUUUAGGACAUCCAUUCCACUUUGAGAAAACCGGCGUCAGAGUGUUAACUAUUUGUCCGGGAGUAACUAGAACAAAUUUAUUAUAUUCCUCCAAAUUAAGAGAUAAUUUACUUACUCCUUUUACGAUAGACGCGCAUCAAAAGGAUUGGCAAGACUCAGACAUAGUUGGUCGGGAAAUAGUUGAAGUAUUUCAAAAAGCUGAUAGUGGCAGCGCGUGGGUUAUCGAAUGUUCAUUGCCGGCUGAAGAAAUUUAA